AAUGCGUCGUCUACAAUGGCAGUAGGCAGUACAGAGUGAGGAGUAAGAUUUUAAGAGUUGGUUUUAAGAGCAAAUGGGAAUUGCCCAUUUCGUUACUCCCGGUCUUUACGUCACUAAAAACAGUAUACUCUCCUACUCCUACAGCCUUGUUACUGCCAUUGUAGACGACGCAUAAUAUAGACUUUGUUUCUUGCGGAUUGACAGCAGUAUAUCUUCGAGAUGUUCGUGGGACUUCCGUGGAUUCUCGCGAUAAUAAUCACGUUUUUUAACGUUUGUACCUAUGCUCAACCUCCAGCUUCGUCCAAUCAACUACUCGUGUCAGAGAUCUGCUUAGACUGCAUAUGCGAAGUUACUACGGGAUGUAACACCACUGUCGGUUGCUAUAAUGUGGCUUGCGGGCCUUUCCUCAUAAUACCGGCCUAUUGGAUUGACGCUGGCAAACCAACUGUAAACAACGAACCGAGCAAUACCGAUGGUGCUUUUAACCGAUGUGUCAACGAUCUUGAUUGUGCUGGUCGUACAGUAGAAGGCUACAUGGUCAAAUUCAAUCAGGACUGCACUGGAGACGGAGUGAUCGAUUGCGAUGAUUAUCUGCGUAUUCAUCGAUUGGGCGGAAACGGUUGUACCGGCGCGCUAGACAGAAAAUACGAAAAUAAAUACAAAUUGUGUAUGCAAACUAACGGGGGCCAAUAAUAUAUGCGUCUCAUGUUAGAACUUAA